AAUUCUCAGAGUCUGCCACUAAACAAAGAAAAUAAACUACAAAUUUGCGAUGGAACUUAAAAGCAAAUGUGAAGUAUGUGGUUUCGAGAAGAAGAAGCUCUUCCAGAAUGUAUGCAAGCAUCUCACCUUGUGCUUGGAUUGCGGUCGUACCAUGGCUUUGAACAAGGCCACGUGUACAGUUUGUGAAGUUCUAUACACUAAGCUGAUCCGGGAGAUGAACGUCCGUCCUGCAAGGGAAGAUGAGCCGAAGGAGAUGAUUCUUACCUCAUACCCACGUGGCGCUCCAGAGGCUGGGGUCAAACUUUUUUGGAAAAAAGAUUUGACAUGUAAGGGAAAGGCAGUCUGCUCAGGUGGCGGAAUGGGAGCGUGUGAAGGUGAGGGAGUGGGACCGUGUGAAGGUGGCGGAAAAGGAAAGGAAGUAUGUACUCUCGAAAACGAAUCCGGUGAUGUGCGCUUCGACGGUAGUUUAAAAAGGCCAGAAUCAACUUACUAUGCUCUAAUCGCCGAGAAAGGGGAGUUUGUGGCCGUUCCGGUGACCUAUUGGUACGAGAUGACUAAAGUCGUCGCAGUCCCAGAGGAAAGGCAACUCACACUCGAACAGGCCGAGGAGAGGAUGGAAGCACGUCGCAGGGCUCAAGAAAGAACUGAAAAAAGGAUGCUUAAGCUUAUCGGGGAAUCUUCCAAGAGCAAUGAGGAAGGUUCUGAUGAAAACAAGUCCACUGAUGAAGAAUCUCUAGAUAUGGAAGCUGAGAAGAGCACUGAUGAAGAAACCGGUGAUGGUGAAGAAGGUGGUACUACGCCAAAUCCCUAUAUGUGAAGGAAAUUGGUGAGCUAGGAAGGAUGGCAAAUAAUUAAAUAGUAAAUAAGAAACGGUAGAAGAUUUUGGGAAGAGAGAUAAAAUCUCUUUCUUGUUUCUCUGUUCUAAGAGUUUUAAAACCAUUUUCGGAGUAUCUAGUGUUCCUUUACUAAACUCAAAAAAGUCUUAUGAUAUUGCUUGUUUAAGUGUUCUGGAAUUGAAUCGAACCUUGUUUAACGUCUGUUUGCUUGUUUAAUAUUUUGCUUGUUUAAAGAGUGUUCCUAAAUUAAA